AUGUACGCGAUGAAACCGAUUCCGGUGCAGCAGCUACCAUCGCAGCUGCAGCAACAGCAGGCCCCACAGCGGCAACCAAAGACGACCAGAAUCACGGAUGACUAUGAAAUUUCCAACACCGUCCUUGGGCUCGGCAUCAACGGCAAGGUGGUGCAAUGUACGGGCAGGGAGUCGGGCCAAAAGUACGCCCUCAAGGUACUGCACGACAAUGCCAAGGCCAGACGCGAGGUGGAGCUGCAUUGGCGGGCGAGCGGUUGCCGGAACAUUGUAAAUAUCAUCGACGUGUACGAGAAUAGCUACAGCGGCAAUCGGUGCCUGCUCGUCGUUAUGGAAUGCAUGGAGGGAGGAGAAUUGUUCCAGCGAAUCCAGGAGCGACAGGAUGGCCCGUUCACAGAAAGAGAGGCGGCCCACGUCAUGCAUGAAAUCUGUGUCGCUGUCAAAUUCUUGCACGAUUCCAACAUCGCACACCGUGAUCUCAAGCCGGAAAAUCUGCUCUACACAUCGCCCCAUUCGAACGCCAUACUAAAACUGACAGAUUUUGGCUUCUCGAAGGAAACGUUCACCAAGGACACGUUGCAGACACCCUGCUACACGCCGUACUACGUCGCACCAGAGGUCCUUGGGCCGGAGAAUUACGAUAAGAGCUGUGAUAUAUGGUCCCUGGGUGUGAUUAUGUACAUUCUGUUAUGUGGGUUCCCACCGUUCUACAGCAACCACGGGCUUGCCAUCUCGCCAGGCAUGAAAGCCCGCAUUCGUACCGGGCAGUAUGAUUUCCCCAACCCGGAAUGGAAAAACGUUAGCCAGGCGGCAAAGGAUCUAAUCAAGGGCAUGCUCAACGUCGAGCCGGAAAAGCGACUUACCAUCGAGCAAGUAAUGAUGAACCCUUGGAUUCGGCGUUACACGGAGGUGCCUCAAACGCCGCUGCACACUGGGCGCAUGUUGAAGGAGGGCGAGGAAAUCUGGCCCGAAGUGCAGGAAGAAAUGACACGAUCGCUAGCCAAUAUGCGAGUUGAUUAUGAGAUGCACAUCAAGAAUCUGGAUAGCUCGAACAACGCACUGCUGAACAAGCGAAGAAAGCGCGGAGAAGAAAAGGCUAGUACGAAACAGUAAAAUGCGAUGGCUUGUCGAACCAUACGUGAUUAGCAGGCGUAUGAUGAGCGCGUAUUUUAAGCAACAACAAAACGGAAAAAAAGUUAAUCCCUUUCUCUACUACGCGACAAAUCAACAUCACGGAUCACGCAUUUCUUUGUUACCACCCAACAUAGGUACGUAG